GCUGGCGGUUGGGGGACGGAGAUCUCGCGAGAGCUGGCGGAAUGUGACCGCGCGGGCCCGAGGCGCCACCUCUUUCGUGACGCGGCCGCGGACGUGGUGUCGGUCGCUGCUCCGGCAUGAAGUUAAACAUCUCUUUCCCGGCCACGGGCUGCCAGAAACUGAUUGAGGUGGACGAUGAACGUAAACUGCGCACCUUUUACGAGAAGCGUAUGGCGACUGAGGUUGCCGCUGACUGCUUGGGGGACGAAUGGAAGGGGUAUGUUGUGCGGAUCAGUGGUGGCAAUGACAAGCAGGGCUUCCCCAUGAAACAGGGUAUCUUGACUAAUGGCCGUGUUCGUCUGCUGCUCAGCAAGGGUCAUUCCUGCUAUCGCCCAAGGAGGACUGGUGAACGUAAACGCAAGUCUGUCCGUGGGUGCAUCGUUGAUGCCAAUCUCAGUGUCCUGAAUCUGGUUAUUAUUAAAAAAGGCGAGAAGGAUAUCCCUGGGUUAACAGACAAUACAGUUCCCCGCCGUCUUGGGCCUAAAAGAGCUAGCAAAAUUCGCAAGCUGUUCAAUCUGUCCAAGGAGGAUGAUGUGCGCCAGUAUGUUGUGAGAAGACCCCUAACCAAGGAAGGUAAAAAGCCCAGAACCAAAGCUCCCAAGAUUCAGCGCUUGGUAACUCCCAGGGUUCUGCAGCACAAACGUAGACGCAUUGCCCUGAAGAAACAUCGUACCCAGAAAAACAAGGAGGCUGCAGCAGAUUAUGCCAAACUUCUGGCCAAGAGGAUGAAGGAAGCUAAAGAGAAACGCCAGGAGCAAAUUGCAAAGAGGCGACGUCUUUCUUCACUGAGGGCCUCAACGUCUAAAUCUGAAUCUAGUCAAAAGUAACAUUUAUUUGUUUGCUUAAACAAAUUAAAGUUUUUGUUGAAACCUC